AUGGCUGCACGAAGCAGCAUAGACACCUACCAAACCUACAAGCUUGGCACCUCUCGCAUUGCGACAUGGCUAGUACAAGCGGCCAAACGAGCUGGGCACGACGCGGCGAAAAGAAUCGAUGCUGGACGAGCACCUGGCGAGUCCUCCAAGAAAUCCAAGGCCGCCACGUCUCCCAAGUAUGAAGUCCCUCUGGCCCAUUUCACUCCACUGGUCCAAGCCAUCGCUGCGCUUCAUAGUCCGAAGAUCAGGAUACCGCGCUCGAUCGUCGCCGUGAUCAAGAGCGUGAUUGAGCUGCGCAAGGCCACGAGUGCUCUGUACUCAAAGAUUACACAGCAAGAACCCUCUGCUCGGAGAACCACAGCUGAUGGCGGUCAUCGCCACUUCAUCACCAUCCUCGAAAAUGUACGUUCCAUUCUACAACCAACCAAGCCUGAACACCAUGCCGACCAUGCUACCGUCACAAAUCUAUUUGAGGCGCUUGCUGUUCAAGAUGUGGAAGACGGCGAUGAUAUGCCAGUGGAGCAGAUGGGCAUGAGACCUAAGCAAGCCUCUGCUCCUACGUACGAGCUUGAGAUGGAUGGUGAGAAGCAGGUGUUCGCUAUCAUGGCCUUCUUCAAGGACUUUGCCGACGUCCGGAGGUAUAUCAUGGAAGUCUGGACGGCUUAUUGUCACGGCACCGAAGACGUCAUGAGUGCUGCAGUCACCACCAAGACUGCAUUCACGCUGCUUCGACACUCCUCUGAUGAGCUUUGCGACACAGUGCCAGGUAUCACUGGCCACGCGAGCUUGAUCGCACGGCUUUUUGAACAACUCGGCAUUUUCAACGGCUCGAACGGCGUGCAAGAGGUCGAAAUGAGCGAGGAUCUUGGGGACUUGAUAUGUAUGCCUCCGUUCAGUCUGCUCGAUGACUACUCAGACAUCCUUGAUAAAUCACGUCUGCCAGUACUGAAGCCUGGGCAACUUGGCAGCCGCAUUUCCAAUGUUUCCUACUGGGAUCUAUCACUCCCGGAGAAGCGUCGCGACGACAAGAUCGUGCUUUGGGAGCUGCUCCCAGAAUUCACUAAGCUUGCGCGCAUCAACAUGCACUUGCCAUUCGAGGACGAGCUUAUGGCCGGUCUGCGCAAAAUGAUGAACGCCAAUAGUAUUGAUGGUCUGCCAAUGUACACAGUCUUCGCCACCCAGGUCCUGCUUGAUAUCCACCACGUUAUGCGCAUUUCUGCUUUCAUGCCUUGGGUUGAUCUCCAGGCCACAGACACAAAGCUCAGAGAUCUUGCUCAAGAGUGGACCCAAGAAGACAAGAUUGGAAAGCAUCCAAUCUCUCGUACCACCCACGUCCAGCCAAAGCCGUUCCAUCUUCUUAAGAAUCAGCCUGUACUGGCCGGUCUACUGGUGUUCUAUCUCAACAUGCAGCUCAAUGAUGGCGGUUUGCAGCUGUGCAACGGUUGGGGCACUGCAGUCUACCCAGCACAUCUAUACAACGCGAUCCACCACGGCGCUGGUUUCAAGCAGGAGUGGGAUGAUAUUGACUACGUCCUGGACACACAUUCUGCUUCCCGAAUCUUCGUCGGCGCACCUCCUACAGAACCUCAAGACUUCCUCAAGCGCUUCACUCUUGCACUGGGUGUCAGCGCAAGCAAUCUCGCCAGGAACCGCCGUCCUGGAGGCACGGCGCUAAUCACUGCCGCGAAGAAAGGUCCACGUGGGCUGAAAACGACGAGUCCAGUUAAGGAUAUCUUCCAUGAGAAGUUCAUCGCUGGAGGCCCGAUCAAUCUGUCACCUGCCAAUAUUGUCGUGAUGCUGGCGGUCGCUACGAAGACUCCACCCAUUGGGCCAACAUCUGUUGAUGUAGCAGCAUUUUCAUCCACCAUUGCUACCUAG